AUGUCUGGACUAGGUGGUGACUUUGGUGUUCGGUUCGCCCGCGAGACCUGGGCUCUCUACGCCGUUGGUCUCCUCGGCGGUGUUCUUCGAUUUACUGCCCGUAUCCGACGUCUGGGUAUCCGCGGUCUCCAGCAGGAUGACUAUAUUAUGAUGUUCGGCCUCGUCUGGUACACCAUUCUAUGUGUCGCCCUCAACGAAGUAGCCUCGGGAGGAGGCUCAAAUUUGAUGACUGAUGAAGAGAAACUACAUGUCACACCGGCCAUCCACGCCGAGCGGGAACGAGGAAGUAAAUGGGUUUUCGUUUCGGAACAUGCCUUUAUUCUUUGCGUCUGGAGCUGCAAGGCUUGCAUGCUGGUGAUCUACGCUCGUAUCACCGAGGGUCUGAAGCAGCGCAAAUGGAUCAACUGGAUCGCCAUCUACGUUGCGGUCGGCUUUGUCGUUACGGAGUUGUCUCUCUUCCUUAUAUGCCGCCCACUGAACCAAUACUGGGCCGUGCCUACAGACAACUACCAAUGUUCGUCCUACCAAUACUAUGAGAUCGUCCAAGGAUGUCUCUCCAUCUCCGCCGACUUCUUCAUGCUGCUCGUCGCCAUUCCCAUGCUGAUACAAGUCCGAGUCCCGCUGAAGCAAAAGUUGAUCUUGGUCCUUCUCUUCGGCAUGGGAAUCUUCGUCAUCGUGGCCGCCGUUCUCAACAAGGUGUACUGCCUUGUCCCCUCGCUUAUUUCGUAUGUCUACAUGAAUUGGUACUUCCGUGAAGCCACCGUCGCCAUCCUCGUCACCAACCUACCCUUGGUCUGGUCCCUCCUGCGCGACGUCUUCCCCGCGCUCAAGAGUUGGACUGGAGGAUCGAAGCGUGGUACCGACCGAUACAAAUCCGGGCCUUGGACCAGCAAAGGCACCGGCUCCCGACCCUAUGGACCUUCCAGUCAAUUGCGCUCGGGCGACUUCGACAUGCAAAACUUUCCGGGCAACGCAACGGUCACCGAGUCAAAGGGCGGCCCCGCUGUCUCCGAUAUCAGCCUCAACGCUAGUGAGGAGAGGGAUAUGAGUAGUGACGAUGGGUCAGCCCGUGCGCUACGGAUCCGACAGGAUAUUACGGUGACCGUGCAGCAUGACAAUCGACCACCGGAGUACCAAGCCAGCACGGCGCAUGCUGUUUCGCGACACGAAGAUGUAUAA